UUUUUUUUUUUUUUUUUUUUUGGUUUUGCACUUUUACAUAAUUAGCUAUUUUGUUACAGGUCACAAUUACAAACAAUUUUACCAAACGUGUUUUCCAAGUAUUGUUAUUAUAGCAUUUUUCAAUUAAUGGGUCGAUGAAUAAAAUCUUAGGAUAAUUGGAAUGGCAUUCGUCCUCAAAUUCUUUCCCGCCAUAACUGAUGUUGCCACCACAUCCACAAUCAACACGACCACUGCCGUAACCAGCUUCUUUUUUUUUUUUUUUUUGAACGGCAAAUUUGGAUCACUGACGGACCACUGGAGUAUCAUCGUGUCACCCGCGGAACCACCUGAUCAUAUCUAUCUCCACUAGGCAUAAUGUCUAUAUACCAAUUCAGGAGGAAACCCAAUAACCCUUCUUGUGAGAAUCGAACUCAAGACCUAUUGGUCUCAAAGCCUUAUCCUACCCUUAAAAUAUCACUAGGCUAUAAAGUCAUAGGCCUAUCUUUCAAAAAAAAUAAAGUCAUAGGCCUGACGAACCAGCUUCUUUAACAAAAAAAAAAAAAAAAAAAAAAUAAUAAUAAUAAUAAUGUACUUUUGAGGUUUACAAGAAAUAUAAACAUUUGAUGAAUGGUUGUUGGUGGGGGCCAGCCAAUAACAACUUUGUUGAUGCUUUCAAGUCUGUCUACCCAUAAACAAAAGGGAUAAGCUUUGCUUACGUGCAAUAACAUAAAACUUCCGUCCAUUGCCGGUCAACUUCUGCAUUUAAACGACACCACCUUCAUGACUUUCUACUGCAUGUAACCAGGCUACUGGAAAUAUUCAAUGUUUCUCAAAGAAGUAAUGGGUUCAAGUAAUGUUAUUGUUCAAGUUCUCAUACUUGGGCUUCUUAUUGGAUUUCGUUCUUUCAUUCAAUGUACUCCAACUUUGUCGGAUACAAACGCGCUACUGCUUGUUAAUGCUUCUCAAGGAUCCACAAAAAAGAUGCCGGAAAAUCUGUUUGGUGUUUCUUUUGAGGAGAUCAACAAUGCCGGUGCAGGCGGGUUGUGGGCAGAGUUAGUAAGCAACAGAGGUUUUGAAGCUGGUGGACUACAUUCUCCAGCCCUUAUUGAACCUUGGUCAGUUAUCGGGGAUUACUCGUUGGUACGAGUAGCGACCGACUUUUCUUCAUGCUUCAAGAGAAACCCUGUUGCACUUCGGAUGGAGGUGCUUUGUGACAGCAAUGCUUGUCCAGCUGGCGGGGUUGGUAUAUAUAAUCCUGGAUACUGGGGAAUGAAUAUUGAGAAAGAGAAGACCUACAAGAUAGUUUUGUAUAUUCGUUCAUUAGAUUCAAUAAAUGUGACAGUGUCAUUAACCAACUCAACCGGAGGGCAAACACUUGCGGCUACAAGCAUCAUUGCUACCGAUGUUUCAAACUGGACAAAGGUGGAAACUGUAUUGAAAGCAAAUGCAACUAAUCAUAACUCAAGACUAGAGUUAAAAACAAACAGAAAAGGAACCAUAUGGUUUGAUCAAGUUUCUCUAAUGCCCAUGGAUACAUACAAGGGGCACGGUUUCCGAAAUGAUCUUUUUAAGAUGGUUGCAGAUUUGAAGCCAGGAUUUAUCAGGUUUCCAGGUGGUAGUUUUGCUGAGGGAAAGUCUUUACUAAAUGCAUAUUGGUGGAAAGAUACUGUGGGCCCUUGGGAAGAGAGGCCCGGGCAUAUGAACGAUGUAUGGGCUUACUGGACCGAUGAUGGGCUUGGCUACUUGGAAUUUCUCCAGUUGGCAGAGGACUUAAAUGCAAUACCAAUAUGGGUAUUCAACAGUGGAUUCAGCCAAGAACAAGCGGUCGAUCCGUUCAACAUUAAACCUUUGGUGCAGGAUGCCCUUGACGGUAUUGAGUUUGCUAGAGGUGAUCCAAAUUCUACAUGGGGGUCUCUUCGGGCUGAUAUGGGUCACCCGGAACCAUUUAAAUUAAAGCAUGUUGCUAUCGGGAAUCAAGAUUGUUGGAGAGGAAAUUAUCGUGAAAAUUACCGUAAGUUCUAUGCUGCAAUAAAAAAAGAUUAUCCAGACAUUAAAGUGAUCUCUAACUGUGAUGGAUCAAGCACAAAGCUUGAUCACCCAGCAGAUCUGUAUGAUUAUCAUCUUUAUACUGGUGCGAACACAAUGUUUUCUAUGGGUCAUACAUUUGAUCUCACAUCAAGUACUGGUCCUAAGGCUUUUGUAAGUGAAUACGCUGUGACUUGGAACGAUGCCCGUUUAGGAAAUCUUUUAGCAGCAUUAGCACAAGCUGGAUUUCUUAUUGGCAUAGAAAAAAAUUGUGAUGUUGUGGAUAUGGCAAGCAAUGCACCUUUGUUUCUGAAUUUUAAUACUCCUGGCGAUAAGGGGUUUAGACCAGAUGCCAUAGUGUUUGAUUCUUAUCAGACUUACGGUACGCCAAGUUAUUGGAUGCAACAAUUUUUCUCAAUGUCAAAUGGUGCAACUCUUCUUGAUUCAACCCUUCAAACUGAUACACCAACCUCACUUAUGGCAUCCGCUAUUUGGUUCCAGAACCCGGUAGAUGAUAAAAAGUAUUUAAGAGUUAAGGUGGUAAACUAUGGGAGUAACAAAGUAAAUUUGAAGAUAACUUUUAAAGGGUUCGAUCCUCGCUUAAUAAAUUAUUCUAAGUCGUCAACAACUGUGCUCUCCUCGACUAAUGUUAAGGAUGAGAAUUCUUUCCAAAAUCCAACCAAGGUUUCGCCAGUUAAAAGCUUAUUCAAGAAAAGUAAGGACAUCAGUGUCACAGUCUCUCCAAAUUCUUUGUCUUCUUUAGAUUUGCAAAUAUCGUCUCAAAAUAUCGCACAGAUUGAUACAAAAAAUGAUGUUUCUUAUGCAUCAUCAAUAUAAAAGUGUAUAUCAUUUACAAAAUAAAAUGUAACUGUGACAGGCACAGUUGGCAUAAAUAAACGUAUUUAUUUGUCGAUCCUA